AUGAUUGAUUGCCAUAACAAAUGCAGGGGAGACUAUGGCACUAAUGUAACUUUACCCGUUUUGACCUGGAAGGAGAGACUUCAAAUUGCAGUUGAUGCAGCACGAGGACUGGAUUAUCUACACAAUGGCUGCAAGCCAUCAAUAGUACAUAGAGAUCUAAAGACUUCAAAUAUCUUGCUAAAUGAAAGUCUUCAAGCCAUGAUAGCCGAUUUCGGUCUUUCUAAAGUUUUUGCAACUGAAAGUGCCACUCAUGUAUCAACUGACCCUAAAGGAACAUUUGGGUACCUUGAUCCUCAAUAUUACUACACAGGAAAGCUGAAAAAAAAGAGUGAUAUAUACAGCUUUGGGAUUGUGUUGCUAGAGCUAAUAACUGGUAGAGCAGCAAUAAUAAGAGAUGUGGAAGCUGAACCUAUUCACAUAUGUCGAUGGGUGAGUCCAAAGUUUGAGACGAUGGAAAUUGAGAGUAUCGUGGAUUCAAGAAUACAAGGGACCUACAACACCUCUUCUGCUUGGAAAGCUCUACAAAUUGCCAUGGCAUGUGUGCCUUUAACGGCAUUCCAAAGGCCUGAUAUAACUUUUAUCUAUAACAACUUGAAGGAAUGUUUGGAAAUUGAGAUGUCCUCUGGAAGAACACAAAUUGUAGGGAACGAUGAUACAAGUUCAAGCAGCUCAAUUAGAAUGGCCUCCCAAAUUGAGUCAGAAACUAGUUCAAGCAGCCCAGUUAUUAUCUCUAUAUAG